AUGGUUCCUUAUUUGAUCCCCAGAACUAGGGCAGAGGAAAACUUCAACAAAGCUCUCUGUCGAACCGGGGUUACCAUUGAACAGGCGUUUGGCAUUCUAAAAAGAAGGUUUCCUUCCUUGCCUUCAGGUUUGAAAGUGCAGCCCGACAGAGUAUGUGCAACGAUACUUCACAACUUGGGGAUUGACAAGCGCGACAUUGUUGACCCGCCUCCCGUCAACAGACGUUUGAUGGAUGAGGUGGCCUUGCCUGAUGCUGGACGUAGAACAGAGGGGAAGACUCUCCGAGAUCAUAUCGCCAAUACUUUCUUUGGACAUUAA